AUGGGCGCCUUGGUGCCGGGGUGGACAGGCGAGGUGCAGCGGGAGCUCGCAGUCGCGGCUCGGUCGUCACGGAAUUCGACCUGUUCCCACGAGUGCCUCGUCGUGCUCGACCUCAGCAACGCAUUCGACGCAGUCGACAGGAUUGGCUUGGAGUUGACCCCGUCGAAGUGCGAGGUCGCCCCGGCCGCUCGCGAGCACCAGUUGUCCAGCGAGGCGCCCCCUGACUUCGGGCGGCGCGCGGGCGGCAAUGUCAUGCUGUUUGGCGCGGCCGUCGGCGCGGAGUCCUUCUGCGCGUCGCGCGCGCUCGCGCGGGAGCGAAGGGCGGCCGACUUGCCCGCCCAGGUGCAGGACGCAUGGAGCACUGCCGGGGCGCAGUUGAGCAUCCUGAGCGGUGGCCUCGGGCUCCGGGGCGCGGCGCUGCAUGCCCCUGCGGCUUGCGUUUCGCGUGCGCGGCCCUGCCGAUGCCUCUGCGAGCGCGUCGGCCCUGGCUUCGGCAUCAUGCUGACGGGGGCCACCUCGCGGCGGCGCGCGCAGCCCCGAUGGGGGGGCCGCUUGGAAGCGGCCAGCCUGAACCUACCAGAGGGCGCCGUCAAGCAGAAGGACCUGUCGGCCCUGAUUGACGUCGCGCUCAGGGCCGCGCUCAGGGGCGACGGCAGCGGCGGAACGUUCGCGCCUCGCCCGCCGCUCCACGGUCUGGCCUGCGGACAUCUGGCUGCCGCGUGUUCCGGGUGCUUCAGGCAAGGCUUUCGACUUCGCAUGGACUUCCUGGAGAGGUCUGCCGUAGACGGCGGGGCGGUCUUCCCAGCUUACGAGCACUUCAAGCGCUCGCUCAACGACGCGGAAACCUUCGGCGCUUUGUUCUUUGCUGUAGGGGACGUAGGAGCCGACGUGCAGCAGGCUGACGGGGUCGCGCACUUCAUGUUCCUGGAGCGUGUUCUCGGCGUCGCGAAGCCGGCGUUGAACUUCGACGGCGGCGAAGCGCGUCUUCUGCCAGCGUGGAGGAGGGGCGCGCGCAUCGCGGUUGGGCGCCUCAGCAAAUUGAGGAACUCCGAGACGCAUCUGGACGUGGAGUUCUUUGGCAAAUGGAGGGAGGCCUUCAUGGAGGACAAAGGCGCUAGCGGCUCCACCAUAGGUGAGAAUGAGUUCGACGGCGCGGGCAUGAGCAUCGCGAUGAAGAACGACCUCGUUUCUGAGCCGCUGACCGUCGGAGCGGCCCAGCGCAGGAUUGACGAAGCCACGAGCGUCAUCGUGGACCCAGAGGCGGAGCAGGCGGAGGCCAACGCUGCGCGCUUGGCCGUCUGCGAGAUGGCCUUAGACGCGGGCGCAGCGCCGCCGCAGCACUUGCCCUGCGCCGAGGCCGUCACCGUGGCGGGGUCCGCCGUGGGUUUCGGGACGCCGCCCGACAAGGGGUUGCCGCUUGCCGCGUGGGUGGGCUUCCUUGCCAUCCAGGCGGGCCGGCGGCUCGCCCGCGCGCUGCUGGUCGCCGCGGCAGCUGGGGCGUACCUUUUCGCCGGCAAUUGUUUCUCCUUGCAGCUGGCGCGGGGGACGUCACGGAGGCAGCCGCAGGUGCUGAGAAGAGGCACGAAGUGGGACGUCUAUGGGUCCAUGCUGCGGCAGGGCGUGAAACACAUCUCGUACGUCAGCCAGCCUCGCGACGACAAGGUUCGUGUCCUGGUGUCUGGAUUCACCCACGAGACGACCGAGGAGACAAGAUCUUCGAGCACUUCGAGGACCUGGGGGCCGUCUUCGUCAAGAAGACGACGGAGUCGACCUGCGUCGUGGAGUUCCCCCCCAGCGUGGAUGCCCGCCACGUGGUGCAGCAGGCGCACAGGAGCCUCGGGCAGCAAGCCGCUCGAGGUGAGAUUUGACAAUCGUGUGGGAGCUGGUGGCAAGGAUCAUGUUACAUUGGGUGUUCCCGCCAAGUCUGUGAGAGUAUUGGUGGAAGGUUUCUCAGGAAGCGUCACCAAGGAGGACCUUCUUGACAUCUACACAUACUUUUCCCGAGUUGGGAGUAUUCACCAAGUGCGUUUCCUGGACAUCAGCGUUUGCCUUUUGUACUACAGCACUCAGGAGGAAGCCGACGAGGCCGUGAGAUUGUUCGACAAGUCCAUUAUCACGGGCGACGUGACCGGCGUGGACGUCAGGCUGGCACCGAAAGGGGGGCCCGACGGCAUGCUCGACAGAGCCACCGCGGCUAUCAAGCGGAGGCGUGAGGAGAGCGAGUUCGAAAGGCCCGAAGAGUUCAAGGACAUGUCCGACAAAGAGUACGCCAAUUACGUUCGGGCCAAGAACGCGAGGACUGUGCACGUGCAUGGACCCGCGGAGGGGUUCGACGAGGGCACCACGGCUGACAUCGUUGAGGAACACUUCAGUACGGCUGGGACGCCGACGCUAGUGUUCCGCUCCGCGCGUAACCGGUUCAUCGUGCAGUACAGCACGCCGGAAGAGGCCGCCGCCGCUAUUGCACAAUGCGACUGCACCGUGCUGGACGGCAACUCUGACAUAAUCAGGUGCAAGCUGUAUGGGGCCGAGGAUUUCCCGGUCAUCGGAAGCAUGUCCGUCCGACGGAUGCCCGCCAGGCAGGAACGAGAGGCGCAGGAGCGUGACGGGUUGUUGAACGCAAAGCUGACCAAGUUGCUCGAGCCUCGAAUGAAAUCGCCGUGGGAUAGAUACGCACGUUGAUGGCAGGCGGUAAGCACUCAACGAUUCCAGGAAGUUGGGCCACGUGCUGCAGAAGUAGCACCCGUGUUGGAGGUUGGAAGAGAGGCGGUACUCGAACGCCGCCACGGUGGCCGCAGGCGCCCCGAAGGGGCGCCAGGCUCCUGGGGACCGGGCAGUUUUGGGCCCGCGGGCAGCGCGCGAGCACGACCGCUGGAACCCCUGGGUUCCCCACGGUGGCGCGAAGCAUUGGAGGCGUGGUUCGCCGCCCGCACAUGUGGCGUUCCAGAAAGGACCUCGCAGUUCGAGCAUUGGAGGAGUUGGCAUGUCUCCUUGGCGGAAGCCUGCGGAAGUAAACGAGGGCGUUCCCGCCUGCGGAAGGCUGGCGGAAGGAAAAAUCGGCCCUUCAAGAGAUGGCAAGGAUUUUGGGCUCAGGGUUUUCGGAAUCCGCCACAUGUCCGUGACAGCUUCGGGGCCGUACCUUGAGAUGCGGCAGAAAGACAUCCGCAGCCCACGGCUGCCCAUGCGUGCGUGGGGCCUCCAGAAAUUGUGGAUGUGGAUGUCGGUCGGGGCGCGGGCGGUGUGCGAGUAUAACUGCUCAUCUGCCCACCCCCCUCGGGGGGGUGGCAAACGCUCGAUAGGAGGUGUGCGGGGGA